AUGGAAUUUAUUUAUUUUAAAAUAUUUUUAACAAAAAUAAUAUUUUUUGUUUUAAUUAAUUUUACAUUAGAACAAAAAGAAAUUAACAAUAUAUCGACACCGUCACCACCACCAUUUAACACAUUUAAUUCAUUACAAUUAAUAUCAAAAAAUCUUUCCCAAUGCCACAUUUUGUUAGAAAAAAUUCCUGAGGAAUUAAAGGAAUAUAAUAAACAAUUGGAAUAUGCAUUGAAAUUGGCAAAUAAUAUUUCGAGUGAAGUUGGGGAAGUUUUGUUGAUUAAUGAAGAAAAAGAACUUCCUGGACAAUUACAAGACCACCAUCGGGAAUGGACAAUAAAUGGGGAUAUUGUAAGUAUUCAAAUCAAAAUUAUAUCUAGUCUGUAA